CGAACUCUGGCGCCGAGAGGAAACAAGGUUUGGCAAUCAAGUUAACCUGAUAAAUGCACAACAAAAUGUCGACAAAGCGCAGGAAGACCUCGCACGAGGAUAAACCGCUGAAUGACUCGGCUGGUUCUUCUGCUCCCAAGCCAAAGAAGUCGGCGUCCAAGCCUGCACCGCCUACACAGAUGGAACAAUUACCGCCAUCAGCGGCAGCACACUCUCCGCCACCGAGUUCCGAGGCCGAGUCUGCCACAAUCGACAACAUGUCCAGACAGGGGAAUGGCGACGAAACGGCCCCGGCGACGUUUAAGGACUUGGGAAUCGUCGACUCGCUGUGCGAAGCCUGCGACCGGCUCGGGUACAAGAAACCGACCCCGAUCCAGGAGCAAUCGAUCCCUCUCGCGCUGCAAGACCGCGACAUAAUUGGCAUUGCCGAAACCGGUAGCGGCAAGACGGUCGCCUUCGCCCUGCCAAUCCUUCAGGCCCUCCUCGAGAAGCCCCAGGCCAUGUUCGCCCUGGUGCUCGCGCCAACAAGAGAGCUGGCUGCCCAGAUUGCGCAAGCGUUUGAGGCAUUGGGAUCCCUGAUAUCUCUCCGGUGCGCCCUCAUUUUGGGAGGCAUGGAUAUGGUGCAGCAGGCCAUUGCGCUGGGAAAGAAGCCCCACGUUAUCGUUGCGACACCUGGAAGACUUUUGGACCACUUGGAAAAGACCAAGGGUUUCAGUCUCCGCAACCUUCGCUAUCUGGUAAUGGACGAGGCAGAUCGACUUCUGGACAUGGACUUCGGCCCCAUUCUCGAGAAAGUCCUCAAGUUCCUACCCAGGGAGCGCAGGACAUUUCUCUUCUCGGCGACCAUGUCUAACAAGGUCGAGAGCCUGCAGAGAGCCAGUCUGAAGGACCCUCUCAAGGUCAGCAUCUCCAGCUCAAAGUACGCCACCGUGUCGACGCUGGUCCAGAACUACAUCUUUAUCCCGCACAAGCACAAGGACACGUAUCUGGUGUAUCUGUGCAACGAGUUCACCGGCAAGACAAUCAUCAUCUUCACCCGCACGGUUCUAGAGACCCAACGGAUAGCCAUCCUGCUCCGCACGCUCGGCAUGGGCGCCAUCCCGCUCCACGGCGGCCUGUCCCAGUCGGCCCGCUUGGGCGCACUGAACAAGUUCCGUGCCGGCUCGCGCGAGAUCCUCGUGGCGACAGAUGUUGCUGCCCGUGGUCUUGAUAUCCCCAACGUUGACUGCGUCCUCAACUUUGACUUGCCCGGCGACUCCAAAACAUACGUGCAUCGCGUCGGCCGAACGGCUCGUGCCGGCAAGUCGGGCAAGGCGCUGAGCAUAGUCACGCAAUACGACCUGGAGACGUGGCUCCGCAUCGAGACGGCCCUUGGGACAAAGCUCCUAGAGUAUCCCCACGAGAAGGACGAGGUGAUGGUGUUCAAGGGACGGGUGGAGGAGGCCCAACUUCAUGCAAGGAACGAGAUGAAGCUACUGAUUGAUGACCGUGGCAACAGGGGUUCUACGCUUAAAGGCCACAGGAAGAGAGGGCCGCCUACGGGGGCAGGCCGAGACCACAUGGACGCCGAGGAGGGCUAGCCGAGGCGGUUGUGGG